AUGGCCGGCGCCGUCCAAUCAGCAGCCGCCACGUUAGCCAGCACCAUCGCGCAAGCUCCGGGCGGACUUCUGUUCGACGACGCAUCGGCAAUAUGCCUGGAUUUCGGCCCUCUGCCCGCCUGCGAUUUCUACUUUGAUCUGCUGGGCCCGCUCGGUCUCCCCUCGCUGCGCUUCCCCGUCGUAUCCGGCGGUGCGCUCGUGCUCUCCCAGCACAACGGCGACCGCCCCGUGAGCCUCGAAAUCGCGACUGGCGUUUCGCCUAGUUCUGUCGCAAUCGCUGGGGACAAAAAAAAGGGGGGUUACAAGGUUGAGAUUGAUGCGACAGGGCCGGCGAAAUACUGCAAGUGCGAGGCGGCGAAACUGGCGAAAUCAGUUGCGCACGCUGGCGAUCAGUUCUACGCCACUGGACAGCCUGCCAAGGUGUAUGCUCGCACAUUCCAGAAGAACCUUCCUGCAUCGGCCUUCAAGGGUUGCUGUGUGCGCCUGCCGCUCACCAGCGUGCAGCUCAAGGCCCCCAAUGGUGAUGUCAUCAACCUCAACAAGGGCGACGGCAACAAGCAAUUUCUUGAGAAGCGUCGCUGCCUUCUUUUUCACGUGCUCUCUGUGUGA